AUGGUAGCUGUGCUACCCACAGCCGCCGAGAUCGCCACCAUUUUUCAAAUGCGGAGCGAUUGGUGGGCGACCUGGCGCGCCUCCUUCGGGUUAGGAUGGGGCGACACCGAAGACAAAACCCUGGAGAGCUUUGCCACCCGCGCCGUGCGCUCGCGCAAUCCCUCGCUGCUUGGGAGUCUGCUGGUCUGCUUGGCACUGAGCACGGGCGAUCACGACCGCUAUCUAAAACCCGUCGAAUCCUGGAUCCUUGCCCUGCAACCAUGCCGGGCCUGGUCCGUCUUCCGGACGGCCAACACCCGCCUGCAGCUGGCCGGGCUUCACAAAACCAAUCGCAAAACCGAGGCCUACGACCCCGUCUUCUGGCAAAUCUUCGGUGCCGACCGCUGGAUCAGUCUGAUGAUCGGGCUCCCGUACUCGAUCCCCGACCAUCUGUGCGAUCUCCACAUCCCCGCCCCCACGGAGUCGUCCCGCAUCCGGUACCAUUGGCGCCACUUGACUGUACUUACGGGGCGCGUGAUUGACAGCCUGCAGGCACAACCGCCCGUGUCACUGUCUCAGCUAAUCGCCGUGGAAGAGCAGAUUGAUGCCAUUGCCGCCAGCCCGGACGGAUCGGACAAGAGCGCGCGGCUGCCACUGUGCCGCCUCAGGGCGGACAACGUGUGUCAGCAGCGCGCGCGCGCGUUCCUGCAGACAUUUCUAGCGCUAUAUGACCUCGAUCCCCGAACCGCGCAAGUGGACAACAACAUGAAACUCGCCGACUUUACCGCGCUGGCCGCCGGCGUGGUUCUGUAUCUGAACCUUCCCUCCACUCAACGGCCCCCCAUCGCACCGAGGUCCCCGCCGCCGAUGCCCGAGAACCUCGAAUCCCCCACCGAGGCCGUCGAUUGGACGCUGAUCCACCGCACCAUCGCCGUCCUGAUCACCGUCCCGUACUUUGGCGUCAUCACUGUCAUCCGCCGCCAACAUGAGGAUCCUUCCAUUCGUUCGAGCCAGGGCCUGCCGGGGGAGGAGAAUGUGGUUCCUUCUGCUCUUCUUCUUACCCCUUGUGGCAGUGACAACAAUAGCGGCAGCAAUCUCCCGCCACUCGCGAUUUUUGAGGGUAUCCCCUCAACGCUGCCAGUAUUCGACGACAUCGCCUUCUCGUAUCACGGCCCAUGGGCCUACAAGAGAUCCUCGGGAUUACUAGACUAA